AUGCGUUCACCGACUCUAAUCAUAUCGUUAGCUGUUUCCUUUUAUGUUUCUUACUCAAAUGAAGAGAACGGUGAGGAUCAGUUAUCUGUUCAUGAAAGUAUACGUCCCUAUGCUAUAGGAGAUGAUCGCUAUGGCCUUAUUCUGGAUUUUUUUCGUUCACUUGAAGAGCAUUGGGAAGACAGCCAACAGCAGCGAAAACAGCUGAGAAGAGCAAAAGAAGGUCCAAGUAUAAGCAGAACGACUUCAUCUACCUCUAAUCAAGCGCUGGAACCAGCACUCUUAUCUUCAACAAAUGUUGAGUGUACUAAUGAGAAAAACAAAUUACCUCCAUUAAAAACAACUUCAGACGAAAAGAAUUUGAUUGAAAAGUAUAUGCCACCGUUGGUGGGAAGUAAACAUGAACGCAGAAAGUAUGUACGUUCUCCGGAAGGUCGCGAAAGACGACGAACUAUUGGUGAAACGACCGACCUCACUUCACCUACCCGCCUUUAUAAUAACAAGGAGAAAUGCUUAUAUUUAAAACCACGUUCUUCAGUGCCUCAGAUGGCAGGAUUUACUCUACUCGAAACCGUCAACGCAGAAACCCCUCAGACAACUGGUACCGGCCGACUGAAGGAAGAAAAUUACAACAACAGCAAGUCAGAAACUGGGUUUUCUACUGGAAGUCACUUUACACCGUUCAACUCAGUAGACUUUGAUUAUUAUGGUCUUCUAGCCGAUAAAAGCCAUUCUUUUAAUUAUUUUGAUGAGGAGGUCAUAUACAGCGAACUCGAAGCGAUUAACAGUUUGUUAUCUAAGUGCAAUGAAGCUUCGUCGUCUAAAUCGUUGGAUAAAGAAACUAUACAACAGCAGGAAGCUUUAGUGAGGAAAGAAUGUGAUGACAGUUCUACAACACUAGAAAAAGCCGAAAUUCAAGCGGUUUUGGAUAACUUGGAUCACUUGCUGGAGGAAGUUGGAGACGGCGGUGUGCCGUUACAAGCAAAAACUACAGUGGAAACAACUAGCAAAGCAAAGGAAGAAAAUGCCAAUAUAGACGAAGAUGAGAAUUCACCACAUAGUAAAACGGCACUACGACGGCGCCGUAUAAACGCGAAACGUUUACGACCACAAAAGAUGGUCACUGGAAUAACAUUUUUGCCACCGAGUUUAUCGUCGGAAAAUGCUGCCGAUAGUGAAGAGUCGCGGUUAGGAAAAGUGCCUUGCAAGCACUGUGGUGAAUCUUAUCAUUUAGGCCUUGGAAUGUCGAGCCACAUGAGGUGGAAGCAUAAAGAUGCUGUCACUCAAACGGUACAAUUUUUCAAGAUAAAGAAGAAAUAA